AUGGAGGGCGUCGAGCGCCGCAGCAAGAGGGCAAGGGAAGAAGGGCCGCUGCUGUUCGGCGUCCAGCUGAUCAAGCAAGAUGGAAAAGAAGACGAACUGGUCGAAGCCGAAGCCGAAGUCGAAGCAGCACCACAAGGUGCAGAAGCAAUCGUUGUUUCAUCUGAAACCCCGGCGAAGCCACCGGCAGCCGUUCAGGUGGACAAGGGCCGGCUCUACUGCUCGCUGUGCUCCUCCUUGCUGAAGCCUCCCAUCUACCAGUACGGCUGCGAGAGCUUCGUCCCCUACUUCCGCAGCGACGAGCACCGCGACGCGUGCGGGCACGCCCCGUGCCACUGCCCGGAGCCCGGCUGCUACCUCAUCUGCUCGCCCACGGCGCUCGCCGCCCACCUCGCCGGCGAGCACUCCUGGCCCGUCGACGAGAUAGCCUACGGCACGCCUCGCAUGCUCGCCGUCCCGGUGCCCCCCCCGCCGGCGCCUGCCCCAGCGCCGGCGCGGCACGUGCGGCUGCUGCGCGGUGACGACGCGUCCGUGUUCGCGGUGGCCGCGGGCCCGCUGGGCGGCGGCGCGGCGGUGUCAGUGGUGCUGGUCCGGGCCGACUCCCCCGCGCACCCGCGGCUCGCGUGCACGUUCUGCGCGAAGCCGCCCCCGGAGUCGGCGGCGGCGGGCCUCGAGGAGGGGAGCUGCUGCUUCUUCGCGACCAUGCCGGUGAGGAGCAGCGCGCUGGCCGACGGCGACGGCGUCGCGCUGGAGAAGGAGCUCUACUUCGCCGUGCCCGGGGAGAUGCUGUGCGAAGGCAGCAGGGAGCUGCUCGUCUCUGUCCGCAUCGAUCGGUCGUGCGGACCUGAACCUGCAUCAGAGGACUACAAAAUGGUAGCUCAGAACUGA